AUGCCUGUCUGGCGGCGUGGCGGCCAAUCACUUCUGGACAGUCUUGCCAAGCCUCCUAGUACGUCGAACCCAUCGUCUCACCCAUCCGACACUCAACGAGCGCCAUCUUCCUCUACGACAAACAGCCUUGACGACGCUCUCCGCAUAGCAGCUCAGCGCAAACUUGAUAGUCGCAAGCUUUCGAUCAACAGCGAGCACUCCGCGCCGAUAUCCUUCAGACCCGCCAUGGCGACUCCGCCGGGGGGUGUUGCGAUCAACGUCAAUGAUCCGCAGUUGAUCUCGCUCGUCAAUAAGUUACAAGAUGUGUUCAGUACAGUUGGCGUCAACAACCCAAUUGACCUACCGCAAAUCGCGGUGGUUGGUUCCCAGUCCAGCGGCAAGAGUUCUGUCUUAGAGAACAUAGUCGGCCGUGACUUCCUACCGCGCGGCUCCGGCAUCGUAACACGAAGACCGCUCGUCCUCCAGCUCGUCAACAGACCCGUACCUGCGAAACUCCAGUCGAAUGGCGUUUCCGAGAACGAAUUGAAAGAUAGCAAAGACUCACAAGCGAACGUCGAUGAAUGGGGGGAGUUCCUGCAUUUACCCGGCCAGAAGUUCUACGAUUUCAACAAGAUAAGAGAAGAGAUCGUCAAAGACACCGAAGCAAAGGCAGGCCGCAAUGUCGGUAUCUCACCACAUCCCAUCAACCUGCGGAUUUAUUCACCAAACGUUCUCACGCUCACACUCGUCGAUCUGCCGGGUCUCACCCGAGUGCCUGUUGGCGAUCAACCACGAGACAUUGAGAAGCAGAUCAGAGACAUGGUACUGAAAUACAUUUCAAAGUCCAAUGCUAUCGUGCUGGCAGUGACAGCCGCCAACGUCGAUUUGGCCAACUCAGAUGGCUUGAAAUUAGCAAGAGAAGUUGAUCCUGAAGGUCAGCGGACAAUUGGUGUUCUCACAAAGAUCGACUUGAUGGACACUGGGACGGACGUGGUUGACAUUCUUGCUGGACGGAUUAUUCCACUCCGACUUGGAUACGUGCCUGUGGUCAACAGAGGACAGCGUGAUAUUGAGAACAAGAAGCGAAUCGACCUGGCGCUCAAAGCCGAAAAGGACUUCUUCGAGAAUCACCCAUCAUACCGGAAUAAAGCUUCGUAUUGCGGCACGCCAUACCUCGCCCGGAAGCUCAACCUCAUUCUCAUGAUGCACAUCAAGCAGACACUGCCAGACAUCAAGACUCGCAUCUCGAGCUCCCUCAAGAAGUACUCGGAAGAGUUAGAUCAACUGGGUGCAGGCGAUCUGCUUGGCAACAGUGCAAAUAUCAUUCUCAACAUCAUUACAGAAUUCUCGAACGAAUACCGGACAGUCCUGGACGGAAACAGUCAAGAGCUCUCCAGCAACGAGUUGUCAGGAGGUGCUCGAAUCUCAUUUGUGUUCCACGAACUAUAUUCGAACGGCAUCAAGGCGAUCGAUCCUUUCGAGCAAGUCAAAGACAUCGACAUUCGGACCAUUCUCUACAACUCAUCAGGCUCUUCGCCUGCAUUGUUUGUCGGGACCACGGCGUUCGAACUAAUCGUCAAGCAGCAGAUCAAGCGGUUGGAGGAGCCUUCACUGAAGUGUGUUUCUCUGGUUUUCGACGAAUUGGCACGCAUUUUGGGACAGCUGCUCGGCAAGCAGCUUUUCCGGCGGUAUCCUCAGCUGAAGGAUAAGCUCUCCCAAGUCGUGCUUGCGUUCUUCCGGAAAGCGAUGGACCCGACGAACAAGCUUGUGCGCGAUCUGGUGGCUAUGGAAGCCUGCUACAUCAACACAGGUCAUCCGGACUUCUUGAACGGCCAUCGCGCAAUGGCAAUUGUGAACGACCGACACAACGCCGCUAAGCCAACGCAGGUUGACCCCAAGACUGGAAAGCCGCUGCAGCCGAACCUACCACCUCGCGCCGGCUCGCCUUCUCUGCCUACGGACGGCUCCGAACAAAAUAGUGGUUUCUUUGGAUCCUUCUUUGCAAGCAAGAACAAGAAGAAGAUGGCAGCAAUGGAAGCACCCCCUCCAACGUUGAAAGCCAGCGGAACGCUCUCCGAACGAGAGAACCAGGAAGUUGAGGUCAUCAAGCUGCUCAUCAACUCGUACUUCAACAUUACCCGUCGCACAAUGAUUGACAUGGUGCCAAAAGCUAUCAUGCUCAAUCUGGUGCAACUCACGAAAGACGAGAUGCAACGCGAAUUGCUCGAGCAAAUGUACCGCACACAAGAAUUUGACGAUCUCCUGAAGGAGAGCGACUACACAGUCCGACGACGGAAGGAGUGCCAGCAGAUGGUUGAAAGCUUGAGCAAAGCUAGUGAAAUUGUCAGCCAGGUGCAGUGA